AUGACACGCGUCACACGAGCUAGCAAAGAGCAAGCCUCCGUUAAUAUGAAUGCCGGCUUUAUACAAAGCUCUAUCCUCGUCUAUGAUCCCACUCGACACCGGAGGGCGCCGUCGCUAAAGCGCGAUACUACGGGCUCGCCUCGGGCGGCGCGAACCAAUUACCCGCCGCCGCCGCGCGGGCAUUUACCCCCUCCGCCCUCCGCCGCCCCAGCAGCCCCCCUCUGUCGCCCACCCGUCGCGGUACGGAAUUACUUAUCUCCAACGCGCGCUGCCAGCCCGGUACUCUGCCGCCCGCAAUGCGAAUACGGCGCGGCUUUUUGUGUUCGGGUUUUCCGCACCGAUGUUAAAGCGAACCCGGAGCGACUUUAUCGGACGGGUUUUCAAUAG